UGUUAGCAAGAACAGAAGAUUUUGAAUUGAAAAUUUCGUAACUCACCUUCCGAGCACAAGAUUCCUGCCGAAUUUUCGUGUACGAGGACCUGUUUCACCCAACCAGCAACGUAGCAUUUAUAAGCCUCCAAGCUCUUAAAGUUUUUCAAACUUUCGUGAGAAUAGGCUGAUUUUGUGUGGACAAGAUAGUUGUAAAUAUCAGGAUAUCAGAUGACAGGCGAAGCCAGCGGGUCGAAAAACAUCGAUUUAGGCAUCAAAUACGGAUCUGGCGAAUGGAUAAACUGAAGCUUUUCCACGUAACGCCUUUUAUGCAACGGAUCCAAUGAGUUUACAGCGUCAGAUAACACCGGGGCUUCCAUGAAUUGCUCUAUAACUUGCUCGACUAAUUGAAAACAAUGAGAAUAGGUCUGAAAAAGAGGUACAAUAUGGCGGCCGGAAACAGCGACACGCCCAUUUUGUGACGUAGGUGAGUAGGGUCUAUAGGAGAAAUGAUAACGCUGCAAUCCCACUGUUGAUUUUUGCCCUAUCAUGUCAAAAUAUAGAUUAGGUUGUAUAACAGAAAUAUUUGUAUUUUGAAAGGGAAUUUGUAAUUUGUCCUGUUUUUGUUUUAUUAUUAAAAUAGGCGGGUUUUACGGUGUGAUUGGGCUGGAGAGAGACUGACUUUCCCAUCAUGCAAUCCUGGUCGGAAAUGAAAAAGACUGGCCAAGAUGGAGCGGUUGUUUUCUUUGUGCACGUAUUGUUUUCCCUCUAUUUCAGUCACUUAACUGAAUCGAAGUCUCGACGACGUGUCAAACAUUAGCCACAUUACGGACUCAAACAUCAGUCUUCAAGUCUCGCCACUCGUCGAAGUUUUGUCGCCUACUUUAGCCUAGCCUAGCUGACCAACCGCUAACAAAACUGCAAGGCACGUCGUCAAGCGUUCACAAAUCAAGUGGGGAAUAUGUUCGCGAGAACGACACUGGCUGCAGAAAAGUUCCAGGAGGAACUUCGUGGAGUAAAAAAGGAGCCCUCACGUCACCAAGACUCGACUAUGUGCAAAAUGAUGCACGCAAAGGUUGUUCUUAGCAGACUCGAAGAUCUAUAUUUCAGCCAAGCCCAUCGUCUUGAGCACCAGGAGUCUUCAUUUGUCAAGGGGGAGGAUGAAGAGUCGCCAUGCAUCAAGGAGGAAGAGUCCAUUCACAUUAAAGGUUUCAGAAAAUACCUUAGUGCUGAGCGGCAGCAGCCAAAAUCUCCUGGCGUGAAAGACGAUGUUGAGCUCCCCCAAAUCAAAGAGGAGGAGCCAAAGCCCUGUCAACAGAAGCAACUUCCAGUCAAAAAGGAGGAGGAAGAGCUGCCAUGUGUUAAAGAGGAGGAAGAGGAGGAGCAUAUCACCAGGUCGUCUGGUGAGCCCUUGAAGAGUGAAGAUGGUCCGAGUGAGGUCGGCAGACGGGCGGAGUCUCCAGGCGGCAGCAGCUCAACAGAAGAAUUGCAAGCAGACAUUUUCAUCACUCCAUCAGACAGAAAUGGCACCACAUCGCACUCACCUUACAAUGAUGAUGGUCAUAAGACAUUUCACGGUGACGACAAACUCUGCAAAUGCUCUCAGUGUGGGAAAACCUUUGCUAAUAAGCAUACGUGUCGGACGCACAUGAGGAGCCACACUGGUGAAAAGACCUUUUCCUGCUCAGUUUGUGGUCAAAGAUUCAGUUGUAAGAGCACCUUGAAACAACACACAAGAACCCACACUGGCGAAAAACCUUUUUCCUGCUCAGUUUGUGGUCAAAGAUUCAGUCACAAGAGCAACUUCAAUCGACACACAAGAACCCACACUGACGACAAACCUUUUUCCUGCUCAGUUUGUGGUCAAGGAUUCUCUCAAAAGCAGAACUUAAAAAGACACACAAGAACCCACACUGGCGAAUACCCUUUUUCCUGCUCAGUUUGUGGUCAAGGAUUCAGUUGCAAGAGCACCUUAAAACAACACACAAUAACCCACACUGGCGAAAAACCUUUUUCCUGCUCAGAUUGUGGUCAAGGAUUCAGUUGCAAGAGCACCUUGAAACGACACACAGUAACCCACACUGGCAGGAAACCUUUUUCCUGCUCUGUUUGUGGUCAAAGAUUCACUCAAAAGCAAAACUUGAAAAUACACACAAGAACCCACACUGGCGACAAACCUUUUACCUGCUCUGUUUGUGGUCAAAGAUUCACUCAAAAGCAAAACUUGAAAAUACACACAAGAACCCACACUGGCGACAAACCUUUUUCCUGCUCAGUUUGUGGUCAAGGAUUCUCUCAAAAGCAAAACUUAAAAAGGCACACAAGAACCCACACUGGCGAAUACCCUUUUUCCUGCUCAGUUUGUGGUGAAGGAUUCAGUUGCAAGAGCACCUUAAAACAACACACAAGGACCCACACUGGCGAUAAACCUUUUUCCUGCUCAGAUUGUGGUCAAGGAUUCCCUCAAAAGCAAAACUUGAAAAUACACACAAGAACCCACACUGGCGAAAAAAAACUUUUUCCUGCUCAGUUUGUGGUCUCAGAUUCGAAGGGAUGAAGAGACACGUGUGUUUUGGUGUGAGAAGCAAAGGCCAAUGACUGUUUUGCCUGUCAUCCAUGCUGGCUUCAUCAGAUUUUGCACGCUGGACGAUUGUAUUCCAUAGAAUCCUGGAAGUAAAUAUUAUCUGAAAUGGAAAUUAGGUUAUAGCAUGCGUCGUUAAGUGUCACGAAAGAUGUUCUGUAUGUCUUCUUGCGGAGCUCCUAAGUGUAUAUCAUGGAAUACUAAUACGAUGUGGUUAAAAACCGCCAGACCGUCGUUCAUUCUCGAAGUUGGCUACUAUUGACUUUUAAAAAAUCAUUAACACUUCAUACAAAAAUACCUAAUCUGUGCUGACCCUUUCCAUUGUGUAAUAUCGUAAUUAAAAGUGCUGUAGUUUUGUGCCACUACUCUGUGAAUUUAUCUUUACAGUAGUUAUAAUUGAGGUAAAUAUGAUGUAUUUACUCAAAUUUUCUGUUUGCAGGUUGAUAUGGCAGUAAUUUGCAUCAUUACUGAUGAGCAAAUUGGCAAACAUAUCACUUCAUAUGGUGAUCGAGUAGCUACCCUUUCCUUCUGCCAACAAAAAAUAUCCAGCACCAAUAAAGAAACUCUUUUACAAAGUUUAAUAGACAAAAUAAGCUCAAGUAAAAAAGUGUACUUG